AUGAACUGCUGUAGCGACCCUGUUCGAUUCGUGACCAGAAGGAUUUGUGGACUUGCGGAUUCUGAGAUGGUUAAGGACUCGAGGCUAGACACAUGUGCUUACAAUGAUGUGCUCAAUGCUUGUGCCAAUCUUGGUGCACCAAGAAUUUUCUGCAACUGUUUAACGAAAUGCCAAAAUUUGGAUGCAAUGAGCGAAAGGAAGAAAGACAUUUGCAGGAUUCUAAGGGAGUUGAAUUUUGAAGACCGGUAUGAAGAUGGUGCAUCUAGGAAAUUGGGAAAUGAAAGUGAAGUGUUUGAGAAAUUACUUCCCAAUUCGAUUGAUCCAAAUAAUAAUGAACCUCCAGAGUUACCUGAAGGGAUUGCACCUUACUCAAGAAUUUACACAACCUUAACAAAAGUGCUGGGCCGCUCGCUUUCUUCAAUGAGAUGCGAUAAAGAGGUAUUGCUCCUACUAAAAUCCAGUUAUACCACCUUGAUGAAAGCUUUUGCCUUGUCUGGUCACCCAAAGCUAGCUAACAAAUUCUUUGAUGAAGUGCUUAAUGAUCCUUGGAGGAUGAAAGAUACCGACUUCUAUCCAAAUGUGGCCACGUAUGGAAGUCUUGCCAACGGGAUUGCAUUUGCCAUAAAGCAGGGAGAAGCCCUUCUUCUCUGGAAUGAAAUAAAGGAGAGGUGUGGAAUGGAAAAGGAAUGA